ACUGAGAGAAAGACCUCACACAGAAGAUUAAUGUAAUGUAACCACAUGCUGAUUAUACUUAUAACAAAUUUCAUUCUCAGAAGCUGUGUGUGAAGGAAGAAGAACUCCUGAAAUGGAGACACCAUUAGUGACCCAGAAGUUUACUUCAGAAUCUGACUAUUCUGCACUGAAAAGGUUGAAGGAUGUUAAAUUUGUUUUGUGGACAGAGACAGUGAAGAUAUGGAAGAUAGCUUUGCCAGUGGCAUUGACCCAUCUCUUUCAGUUCCUCACAAACUCCUCAACUUCCAUCUAUGCUGGUCAUCUAGGUGACAUUCAACUCUCUUCAAUCUCUGUUAGCCAAGGUGUUCUCAGUUCCAUCUAUUUUUACUUGCUGUUUGGUAUGUCAUCUGCACUGGCAACACUUUGUGGCCAAGCUUUUGGAGCAGGGCAGAUUGUUUCUACUUGCAUUUAUGUUCAAAGGUCAUGGAUUAUACUCACCAUCACUUGUACAAUCCUCUUGCCUGUUUAUGUAUAUGCCACACCAUUGUUGAAGUUGCUAGGCCAGGAUGAAGAAAUAGCUGAUCUUGCUGGCACAUAUUCUAUACAAUUGAUUCCCCACAUGUUUUCCUUUGCUAUAGUUUUUCCCACCCUCAGAUUUCUUCAGGCCCAGAGCAAGGUUAAAGUGAUCAUGUGCAUAGCAUUUGUGGUUCUGCUCAUUCAAAAUGGCUUGCUUUACAUGUUCAUACAUGUGUUUGGUUGGGGUGUAACUGGUUUAGCCAUGGUGAGUGACAUCAUAGGGUGGCUCUAUGCUUUGGCUUUGGUUGUGUAUACCAUUGGAUGGAACAAGGAAGAAUGGAGUGGAUUUUCUUGGAUGGCAUUCAGGGAUUUAUGGGCAUUUGCUAAGUUAUGCCUUGCUUCAUCUGUCAUGAUUUGCUUAGAGCAAUGGUAUCUUACAUGCAUUAUGCUCCUUGUUGGUCUUCUAGAGAAUCCUGUCAUUUCUGUUGCUUCCUAUUCUAUCUGCUUCAAUGUUCAGGGUUGGCACUUCACACUGCUCCUAGGAAUAAACACAGCCAUAAGUGUUCGUGUCUCCAACACGCUUGGCAUGUCACAGCCAAGAGCAGCGAAAUACUCUUUCUAUGUGGCAAUGUUGGAGUCUCUCCUUCUUGGUAUUCUUUUCAUGACACUUAUUUUCCUCACUAGAGAAGAUUUCGCCACCAUCUUUACCAGCAGUGAGGAUAUCACACUUGCUGUCACUGAAUUAGCAUAUCUUCUUGGUAUAACAAUGCUUCUCAAUAGCAUAUCUCAGGUCAUUUCAGGUGUGGCCAUUGGAAGUGGAUGGCAAGUGAUGGUUGCUUACAUAAACAUGGCAUGUUAUUACAUUGUUGGACUCCCAAUUGGAAUUUUCCUUGGUUUCAAGCAGCAUUUAGGGGUAAAGGGUCUCUGGGGAGGCACAAUGUGUGGCAGUAUUCUGCAGAUUUUAGUUCUCUUGCUCAUUAUUUGGAAGACUAAUUGGACCAAAGAGGUGGAGGAAACAGCUCAUCGCAUGCGAACAUGGAACAUUGACAACCACCACUCAGAGGAUGUUACAUGAGAAAUUAUCAUAUGGCAUUUUCAACCUACUUUCACA